GUGUUCUUCAAUUCCCGUUCUCAGUAUGGAGACAGUCCAUUGGUCAAUCGUGGCCUCGCGAUACUGAUGUGACCAAUAGGAGCGCAACAGCGCCAAGUCAAAUCGGAGACACACAGACCGUCAAGCGACUGGUUUUUGCUCCAGAGCGGCUUCCUCCUUGUGUCGUCCUACGAUCUGCGCCAGCUGGAAAACGUUGAAGCCGCACAAUGGAUAACGUCGCUGUUUCAAGACGCAAACACACGAAUAAAGGAAACAAGGAGAAUGCCCAGCCUGCACUCGGCAGCAAGUCCCUUAUCAAAAGAGAUAAAACGUCUGUUGCUCCAUUUCAUCUGAAAAGCAAUGAAAAAGAGGAGACACUGGCAAAAAACGGUCCUCUUAAAGCCAAGGCCAAACAGGCGGACACAAGGUCCGUGUCCGGUGUGGCUCUCAAAACGGCCAAGACUGCACAGAAGGAUGGGAAAGGAGCCGUUGCUUCUGAUGUAUCACAGCGGCGAACACACAGCCGGGCAUUCCUCGCAGAACAAGCGGUGAAGCACAAGAAAAUCGCUGCGGAUGCUCCAAAGCCAGCAGCGGCUGUGCAGUCAUCCCUAUCUGCUCCUGGCCUGUACAAAGGUAAGAUUGUCCAGUCAAAAAUUGGAUCCAUUUGGAGGUCAAAUGUCAGUCUGGACAGGGCAGAUCCCAAAUCAUCAGCGACCUCAAUGAAGAGCCAAGGGGUUGGAAAUGUGACCAAAACAAGGUCCAAACCUGUUGCUGGCCUGCCUGGAUGUGGCACAAGAAAACCUGCACCAACAACGUCAAAGUCCGUGUUCAGUAGACCCGCUCAGGUAUCCAAGCCUGCUGUCACCAGCCGCCCUCCCGCUGGAUUCUACUCUGCUCGCCCUCCUGCCAGAACCAUCCCAGCAACACUAACAAGUACCAGCUCCAGAAAUCCUCCUGUGGCCGCCACCAAGGGAAGUGGGGCUCUGAACUCAAAGCCAAAGAUUCCAACCACAGAACAGAAGGUCAACAAGCCUCCUGUCUCAAGCUCCCUCAGUCAGUACAGAUUAACCAUGGAGACUGCUGAGGAAAGAAGAGCAAAACUGGCUGGGUGGCUGGCUUCCAAGGGCAAGACGUUUAAGAGACCAGCCAUGACGACAGCAGCCCCCCCAAAAACCAACAUUUCUAAACCCAGAGCUGAUCUCAGAUCCCAGUCUCACGCCGAGCCUCAGCCUACUGCACAGUGCAAUCCUGAAAUCGAACCCAGUCUGGAAACACAUGGGCCAGACUCUACUGCUGCUGACUGUGCAGAUACACAGGGAGCAGAGUUAACAAAAUUCAACCAAACUCCAGAGAUCGGUAACACCACCCUCGAGUUGCUGGAAAACUCUGAUGUUGACACACAGGACAGUGUGGAUGAUAUUGUUGUGAACCUGUGUGAUGCUUUGAAUGCAAUGGAACCUCCCUCUAGAUGCAGUGAUGACGAGUGUAAUGGUGUUGAAACAGAGGACGGCAAACUAAAUGAUGAACGUAAAAAAGAGGAGGUGAAGAGUGAAGCAGAAGACGGUGAUGAAAACCAAGUGCAGACAGAUGAUGAGGAAGUAGAAAGAGAUGAUGAUGUGAUGGAGACCACACCACAGAUGGAGGAUGCUUCAGUAGUAAAAUACAGUGUGAGGACCACUCCGUACCUGCAAAGCGUCAAGAGGACAAUUGAAGGGGAGGUCAGUACAUCCAGGAAAAAGAGCAACAUCAAAGAUCUGAAGUUUCUGACACCGGUGCGUCGCUCCACGCGCAUCCAGCGCAAAUCCUCCCACCUGCCUACUAUGCUGGUCGAGCAUGAUACUUGUGUGUCGUCAUUGGCAGAGUUGGUGAAGCUGGAUGAUGAUCCCAAUGCCUACAUUUAUAGAAAAAACCCCGCCCUUCUAGAAGAUCUGCCUGACCAGCCCAGACAAUGAGGAGCUCUGUGUUGGUUAAUUUAGAAAAGAAAAAACAGGAGAUGUGACUAAUGGACACUUGAUACUGAUAUUAAUAUGGUUUUACUAAUCUUCAUCUGUUCAAAGUAUUUUAAAUGUCAUUUAAAUUGUUUUAUUGUCCAGUGGUGAGAAGAACACAAGCCUUGUCUUGUUGUUCUGGUCUGAAUGUAUUAUAAACUUUACUUUAACACUUUAUUUAAAUGUGACAUUUAUUGUCAAAAUGCACUACAAUAAAAGUGUAUUACCUUA